AUGGCCACCAGGCCUGCCUUGUGGCUGGGACCUGUGCUCCUGGUUUCCCUCUGGGGAAUCUCAGCUCCAUCCUCUCUUCUUAGGCGCCUGGGUGAGCACAUUCAGUGGUUUCAGGAGAGCUCUGGCCUGGGAUUGGACCUGGACAUGGGCUUGGGUGCUGUGACCCUCCCAAAAGUAGGGUGGCUGGUGCAGCCACUGGACCCCUUCAAUGCAUCCAACAGACGAUCCUUCCUGCAGCGUUACUGGGUGAAUGACCAACAUUGGGCUGGCCAGGAUGGACCUGUAUUCCUGCAUCUGGGGGGUGAGGGCAGCCUUGGGCCUGGCUCAGUGAUGAGAGGACACCUUGCAACUCUGGCCCCAGCCUGGGGGGCCCUGGUGAUAAGCCUGGAACACAGAUUUUAUGGCCUGAGUAUACCUGCUGGGGGCCUGGACAUGGCCCAGCUUCGCUUCUUGUCCAGCCGCCAUGCGCUGGCUGACGUGGCCUCUGCCCGCCUGGCACUCUCCCGCCUCUUCAACGUCUCCUCCUCCAGCCCCUGGAUCUGCUUCGGAGGCUCCUAUGCUGGCUCCUUGGCUGCCUGGGCCCGGCUUAAGUUCCCCCAUCUCAUUUUCGCUUCUGUCGCCUCCUCCGCCCCGGUGCGGGCCGUGCUGGAUUUCUCCGAGUAUAACGACGUGGUGUCCAGAAGCCUAAUGAGCACGGCGAUUGGCGGGUCGCUGGAGUGCCGGGAGGCGGUGUCCGCAGCCUUCGCGGAGGUGGAACGGCGGCUGCGCGCGGGCGGGGCGGCUCAGGCGGCGCUGCAAGUGGAGCUGGGCGCGUGCGGGUCCCUGGGCCUCGAGGAAGACCAGGCGGAGCUGCUCGGGGCCCUGCAGGCACUGGUGGGAGGUGCCGUGCAGUACGACGGGCAGGCGGGAACGCCGCUCAGCGUGCGACAGCUCUGCGGACUCCUCCUCGGGGGCGGGGGCAACGGCAGCCACCCCACACCCUACCGCGGGCUUCGUCGGGCGGUGCAGAUUGUCAUGCACAGCCUGGGCCAGAGGUGUUUAAGCUUUUCCCGAGCAGAGACAGUGGCACAGCUGAGGGCCACAGAACCCCAAGUGUCCAGUGUGGGUGACCGGCAGUGGUUGUACCAGACAUGUACUGAGUUCGGCUUCUAUGUCACCUGUGAGGAUGCUAAAUGUCCUUUCUCCCAGCUCCCAGCACUGCCCUCCCAACUAGAUCUGUGUGAGAAGGUGUUUGGGCUCUCAGCUUCAUCCGUAGCCCAGGCUGUGGCCCAGACAAACUCCUACUAUGGUGGCCAGACCCCUAGGGCCACCCAAGUGCUGUUUGUUAAUGGGGACACAGACCCCUGGCAUGUGCUAAGUGUAACACAGGCCUUGGGACCCUCAGAGUCAGCCCUUCUAAUCCCUAGCGCCUCUCACUGCUUGGACAUGGCACCUGAGAGGCCCUCAGACUCCUCCAGCCUCCGUCUAGGGCGCCAGAACAUCUUCCAGCAGCUACAGACCUGGCUCAGGCUAGCAAAGGAGAGCCAGGUUAGGGUUGGGGUCUGA